AUUAAAUAUCGCGAGAAGGCUCGGGAGUUUGCAGUGUGUCCUCCGCAGCAUCCCCAUCACUUUCCGCUCUACCUCUUGCUUCUGCCAGCACGUCUAAUAUAUUAGUUUACUAAUAUACUGAACCCAAUACUACCUUUCUGCCAUGGCUGAUGCUGCCUUUUCUUUUGCGAAAGACUUUUUGGCCGGUGGGGUCGCAGCGGCUAUUUCUAAAACUGCAGUCGCGCCGAUAGAGAGAGUCAAACUGCUGCUGCAGGUACAACAUGCCAGCAAGCAGAUCAGUGCAGACAAACAAUACAAAGGUAUUGUCGACUGUAUUGUGAGGAUUCCUAAGGAGCAAGGGUUUGCUUCUUUUUGGCGUGGCAACCUUGCCAAUGUCAUUCGAUAUUUUCCAACGCAAGCUCUUAACUUUGCCUUUAAGGACAAAUACAAACAGAUCUUCUUGGGUGGUGUUGAUAAACACACACAGUUCUGGAGAUACUUUGCUGGCAACUUGGCCUCAGGUGGAGCUGCAGGAGCCACUUCUCUCUGCUUCGUCUACCCGCUGGAUUUUGCCCGUACUCGACUGGCUGCAGAUGUCGGGAAAGCUGGCAGCACCAGAGAGUUCAGCGGGCUGGCCGACUGCCUGGCCAAAAUCUUUAAGUCAGAUGGCUUGCGGGGUCUGUACCAGGGGUUCAACGUCUCGGUCCAGGGCAUCAUCAUUUACAGGGCAGCCUACUUUGGAGUCUAUGACACUGCUAAAGGCAUGCUUCCCGAUCCGAAGAACACCCACAUUGUGGUCAGCUGGAUGAUUGCACAAACUGUGACAGCAGUGGCUGGCGUGAUCUCCUACCCAUUCGACACUGUGCGCCGUCGUAUGAUGAUGCAGUCUGGGCGCAAAGGAGCGGAUAUUAUGUACACUGGAACCCUUGACUGCUGGAGAAAGAUCGCUCGUGAUGAGGGCAGCAAAGCGUUCUUCAAAGGAGCUCUGUCUAAUGUACUCAGAGGAAUGGGGGGCGCUUUUGUUCUCGUGCUUUAUGAUGAAUUCAAGAAGUAUAUUUAAACUAUAUAUAUACUAAAUGGAAGUAGAGUAGCUUUUACCACAGCGCUUUAUUAAGCUUUAACCAAACCCUCUCCACUAUGCACAGAUGCGGUCUUGGUUAAAUUGUGUUAGAGAACAAUAUAGCAAUUAAUAUUUUUAAUUAUUUGUAUUUGUUGUGUUUAGAACAUGUUCUUUCUUCUUAUGACAAUGUUUUAUCAAAAGAAAGCAACAGUGUGUUAUUAAAAGCGAUAGUUCACGUAAAAAUUAAAUGUUAUAGUUUACUCAUGCUCAGGCAAUCCUAAUGCAGGUGAUUUUUUUAUUUAUUAAUUGAUUAAAACAAUUUUUUUUGUGGGAAUAACUCUUGGUGAUGCAUAAUAUACUACAGCUCCUGCACUGUAAAAAAAUACUGAUUGGCUUAAUUUUUUAAAGCUAAAUCAAAUUCACCUUAUGAGUCCAUUGAACUUAUAUUAUGUUAAACUGACUUAAAACAGCUUGCGUAACAUAAAAUGAACUUAGUUUAAUAAGUUACAAUGAACUAAAAAUAUAUGUUGUUAUGACUAGUUGGUUAUAUAAUUUUUUACAGUGUGGCAUUUUAGUGGUCACGAAACCUAGAGGCUACACAUAAACAUAUAUAGAGCAAUAUCAUCAGGAGCCACGGGUAUUAGUUUUGUUGUGCCUUGAUCUGUUUCUCCAUCUCUCAAAGAUUGUGUAGCUGUUAAAUCAACAAGAACCAGUGUUGGGCAAGUUACUUCAAAAAGAUUAUUUAUUAGAGAUAACAUUAAACUUGUAUUUAAAUUACUUUUCUAAAUAUUUUGUCUGAAAGUAGCAUAAGGAAUAAAUAAGGAAUUUAAUCCCUUGGCUUAAUACUGAUUACAAUUCCUAUAAGUUUCCAUGCAUAGACAAUAGAACUCUUUUAAUUCUUGAAAUUGGAGUCAAACAGGGCCUUUUAGCAUAAAAAAUAACACUUAUCCACAUUUGUCAAUUAAGAUAUGUUAA